GAGUUUUUCACACCCAUCCUUAAGUCAUUAGCAAGAGAGGCUGGGUGAUCAAUUAGAUUAUUUAAGGGCCCAUUCUAUCAGCUAUUGACUCAGUGUGCUCUCAACUUCGAGUAUCAGUUCGUAAUCUCUGCAAAUUCACUUGCUAAACGAAAAAUGUCGGCAACUCGAAUGAUGGUAGUAUUCGCGCUUGUUAUUGGCGUCGCCAUGGCAGCAGACGUUGAAAAGAAGACGAGCAAUUCAUCCACCGUCCAACAUGUUGGUUCAUUGCUGACCGCCAAAGCCCGUCUAUCUUCUGCCAACGUCACGGCCAAUGUAACUGAAUCGAAGAAUUCUACCGAGAAGAUCGUUCAGAAGCGGAGUAUUGGUAUUGAUAGAAGCGAAGGCAUUAGCGCUUUGACAUCGACCUGGUGGAGAAUCCCGGCUGCUAUCUGGGAAUUCAUCAACCAGGUGUUCCUCGAUCCUCUUGUAUCUGCAUUGCGACGAUUGCUGUCUAUUUUCGGGCUGGACACUGAGCAGGUGAUGGACAUCCCGUUGUCAUCGAUGAUGCAGUCAGUCACACCGAUGAACAUGUUCAAUCAAUUUAUGCCUCAAGUGAAUGCCCCGUGAUUUCGUCCAUCUCAUUUUAGCUUUAAAUGUUAGAUUGAUGAUUUUUUUAUUCAGUGCAAUCGCUAUUAAUUAUUCAAUAUGUUUAUCUGUGUGUGUGUGUGUGAAGGAAAUAUACGACGCAUUUUUAAAAAGAAA